AUGAGUGAUGGUGGGUGGAUCUCGCUUAGCCCCACCGAGUUUGCCCAGCUCCAGCAGUACACGGACUACUCCACCAAGAAGCUCAAGGAUGUCCUGGAGGAGUUCCACGGGGAUGGCGUCCUCUCGAGGUACAACCCUGAACAGCCCAUUGACUAUGAGGGCUUUCGCCUCUUCAUGAAGACCUACCUGGAGGCAGAUGUGCCCGAAGAGCUUUGCCAACACCUCUUCACCUCCUUCAAGCGUAAGAUAUGCCAAGCCUCCCCUGAGACCCAGCACCAGAGCCCCGGCGUCUCGCAGCUCAACACCCUCGAGCCCAAGUCACUCGAUGCUGGCAUCUCCAUCCAGACUAAGGUGGCCUGCGCCCCUGUCACAGCAGGGAUCAACGGGAAAAUGCUCCUAAGUGCCCUGGGACGACACACUCCUGAGCCCAAGAGCUGCCACAGCAACGUGGCUGAGCCACAGCCAGCAUCCCUCACCCCAGCAUCGAUCCCCAACACCUCCCCCAGCUGGUCCAGGUCAUCUUCCCAGAAGUCCACCACCGGCACCCCUUCUGCUCACAACUGCUCAGGCUCUUCAAAGAUCUCUGGGUCCCUGCUCAGCCCUCAGUCACCAGGCCUGAGGAGCAUGGAGAAGAGGUUACCCUUCAGCCUGCGGAAGAGCCACAGCUCCCUGAAAGCUGCUCCCCUGCCGCCCCUCGCCCCCCUGGCCCAGGUGGUCCACCUGAAGGACAUCGUUUGCUACCUGUCCCUGUUAGAAAGGGGACGGGCAGAGGACAAGCUGGAGUUUAUGUUUCGCCUCUACGAUACUGAUGGAAACGGCCUCCUAGACAGCUCGGAGCUGGAUCGUAUCAUUAACCAGAUGGUGCACGUGGCCGAGUACCUGGAGUGGGACUCCACCGAGCUGAAGCCCAUCUUGAAGGCGAUGAUGGAGGAGAUCGACUACAACCACGACGGGACCGUGACGCUGGAGGAGUGGAUCCGGGGCGGCAUGACCACCAUCCCCUUGCUGGUCCUCCUGGGGAUGGAGACAAACGUGAAGGACGAUGGGCAGCAUGCCUGGAGGCUGAAGCACUUCAAGAAACCUGCCUACUGCAACUUCUGCCGCACCAUGCUGCUGGGGGUCCGCAAGCAGGGCCUUUGCUGCUCCUUCUGCAAGUACACUGUCCACGAGAGGUGCGUGUCCAAAGAUAUCGCCUCCUGCAUCAGCACCUACGUGAAAUCUAAGAGAAACAUGAGCGUGAUGCAGCACACCUGGAUCGAGGGCAAUUCCCCUGUGAAGUGCGACAGAUGCCACAAGAGCAUCAAGUGCUACCAGGGCAUCACAGGCCUGCACUGCGUCUGGUGCCAAGUCACCCUCCACAACAAAUGUGCCACCCACGUGAAGUCGGAGUGCGACGGGGGCCCGCUGCGGGACCACAUCUUGCUGCCUUCCUACAUCUGCCCUGUCGUCCUGGACAGGCAGUCCCACUGCUGGAGAUCGGAGAGCGACUCCCCUGCCAGCACCAGCCCCGAGGACAACCAAGGCUUCAAGUUCAACUCCACCACGGUGGAUGGGCAAGGUCUGCAGAUCAGCCCCCAGCCUGGGACGCACCCCCUCCUGGUGCUUGUGAACCCCAAGAGUGGAGGAAGGCAAGGGGAGCGGGUCCUCCGGAAAUUUCACUACCUGCUCAACCCACGCCAAGUGUACAACCUGGACCGUGGCGGGCCCACGCCGGGGCUGAGCUUCUUUCGGGACACUCCGGAUUUCCGCGUCCUGGCCUGCGGAGGGGAUGGCACAGUGGGCUGGAUCCUAGACUGCAUAGACAAGGCGAACUUGGUGAAGCACCCGCCGGUGGCCAUCCUGCCCCUGGGAACAGGCAAUGACCUGGCCCGGUGCCUGCGCUGGGGAGGAGGCUAUGAAGGAGGCAACCUGAUGAAGGUCCUGAAAGACAUCGAGCACAGCACGGAGGUGAUGCUGGACCGCUGGCAGAUAGAUGUCAUUCCCAGUGACAGAGAGGCCAACGGAGACCCUGUCCCAUCCACCAUCAUCAAUAACUACUUCUCCAUUGGGGUGGACGCCUCCAUCGCCCACCGCUUCCAUGUCAUGCGAGAAAAGCACCCUGAGAAAUUCAACAGCAGGAUGAAGAACAAGCUGUGGUACUUCGAAUUCGGGACAUCGGAGACCUUUGCGGCCACCUGCAAGAAGCUCCACGACUACAUCGAGGUGGAGUGCGAUGGGACCCUGCUAGACCUGAGCAACACGUCCCUGGAGGGCAUCGCCAUUCUCAACAUCCCCAGCAUGUAUGGCGGCUCCAACCUCUGGGGCGAGACCAAGAAGCAGCGCGGUUACAACCGGCUGGGGAAGAAGGCACCAGAGAAGCUGCACGCCAUGGUGGUCACUGACACCAAGGAGCUCAAGUUCUGCGUGCAGGACCUCAGCGACCACCUCCUGGAGGUGGUGGGGCUAGAGGGCGCGAUGGAGAUGGGGCAGAUCUACACGGGGCUGAAGAGUGCUGGGAAGAGACUGGCCCAGUGUUCAUCUGUCACCAUCAGGACAUCCAAGCUGCUGCCCAUGCAGGUGGACGGGGAGCCCUGGAUGCAGCCGUCCUGCACCGUCAAAAUUACACAUAAAAGCCAAGUGCCGAUGCUGCUGGGCCCCCCCCAGAAAAGCAGCUUCUUUUUCCUGAAGAGGAGAAACCGAACUCGAGAUUAA